GAGACGAAGUUAUCGAAUGAUGACGACGAUCAACUUUUAUAAGAGAGAUGUCUAUAGAUUAGAAGAAUUAAAUGUAUUAUUUUAAUACUGAAAGAUGGGGAAAUGUCUGUCACGAUGUUGUGGUAGAUUUGAUAAACGAAGAAAAUAUCUUCGUACGAGGUACGAUGUUGAACGUGAUUAUUCUGUUGAGUUUGAAAAUUUAAUGGAUGAGGACACCCAAAGCUAUGAUGCGAACAGGCCUUUAACUGAUCAUGAGAAAGCAAUAUUGUCUAAAAGACAGUAUGAUAUUAUAGUGCAUGAACAAAAGAGAAUUGAUGCAGAAUUAGAUUCUAAGCUUGCCCAACAAGAAGAAGAGUUAAAAGAAGAAGAGGAAGCGUUUAUAGAAGCUAAAAGAGAAGCAGCACGCAUAGCUAAACAGCAGAAAGCUAAAGAACAAGCUGCACGUAAGAAUGCUACAACACAUGGUGCUAAAUCAUGGUUAGGUGAUAAUGAUGAAGAAUGGGAGAUAGCUGGAGGUGAAGACGACUUUGAAAUUUUCUUAGCCAGUGUUAAGGCUAGAUCAUUAGCAGCAAGAAACCAAAGUCUUUUACGGCAAGGUUCAGGAGAUGGUCACAGUUCUAGUAGUAGUACAGGUUUAACUCGAGAUAGAACAGAAGUAUCAUCUAUAGAUUUAGAAUGGGAUCAUGAAGCAGGUGUUGUGCCUCAAUCUAAAUCACGUUCUACCACAGAAGAAAGCCUUGUGGCUUUAAGUUUAAGUAAAGACACACCAAAAGAUAGUCCUGUUAAUUCUAAUGAUUUAGAAUGGGAUAAUGACUUUGUUAGUGCUGAUGACUUGGAAACAGUUCAGUUAAUAACAAUAGAAAAACCCAAAUCAUCCCCAGCAAUUCGGUGAUACCUUAUACAAUGUGUUGAUACUACAAACAGUAUUUAAAACUAUUUUUAACCUUCAACUAAUAUUUGCAAAUUAUGAUUUUGUGUGAAUGUUAUAUGUAAGGCAGUGAUUGUAUAUGUUAUUAGUUUUAUUUGGUUGAAAUAAGGAGACUAAUUUUUUUUUUAUACACUCACGUGUUAAUGUGGUCAUAUAUUGUGGUCUUUCUUAGUGUUAUGCCCGUUUGUCCAUCCAACGUCUUGUAAAAGCUGUGCAGGUCAGAGAUUUUGAUUUUUGUUAACUUGAUAACCCAGUUAAGAAUUGAAACCUAUUCAAUCCUUUUAUUUCAAAACUUGGUGCAAUUGUUACUCAAAACCUCACUGAAAUAUUGAGUGGCAUGUCCAGGUUUUUGCCUCUGUUUUUGCAAAUUGCAUAUCACAUGAGAUUGUUCCAAUAGUCAUGAGUCUGAACCAUACUGAAAUUAAGUAAGAUGUCAUUAAAAUCUUGCAUGUAAAGAUUUCAUCAGAUAAAAGUUCUUGAGGAUCAAACUUAAAUUUAUAUACAACUGCAUGGAUGACUUAGGUGCUAGUAGGCAUGUGUUUUGUUGCCUACUAGCGUUUGUUUAUAUUUAAAUAUUACAACAGGUUGAAAGAGGGAUCAACAGCAUUUAUGUUGGUUUAUUUUUUUUAUCUGAAACUAAAGUGUAAAUUUAUAUAAUAAAUGUGUGUGGAAGAGGGAAUUUCUGUUUUCUAUUUUGGUAUUCUAUAUAAUAAAAUUAUUUUUACAUUUAAUUAACAUUUAUUAUUGAUUAGCUAAUAAUUGUGUUGGUUAUUGUAGCUCCAUGACAUGUAAAUAUAUAUUACACUAUAAAUUAUCAUCAUAUAAGAUGCUAUCAUGUAGCUACUGUAUAUUAAAAUCAUACUCUGUUAAAUCAAUCAACAGCUUAUAUAUCCUACAAACUCCAGUAUUUCUCAAAUACAGUGUUUGUACAGUAAGCAAAAACUAUCAACAGAUAAAGAAGGAAAUUGUAUUUGAAAGGUUGCAUGUAUAACAGAGCUAGACAUUCAAGCUAUUAUGAUUAUUCCAUACAUUAAAUAUGCAUUAUGUAAGAUUUAGAUAAAGAGCUGCCAGUUCUCGCUAUAAUAGUUCUAAAAAAGAUAAUGAAAAAGAAAUAUGUUGAAAAUUUCAAUCAAAUUCUGAGCAAAAUUAUCAAUGUUUGGAGUUUUGAUAAGAAUAGCAAUUAACCAUUUUUUAAUUAAAAUAUUAAAUGGCGAACAUGUUUUAAUCCAUUAAAAUCACGACUGUCUGAUGGUCUAGAGUUGAUUUAUCGGCUUUUCAUGUGAAUAAAUGUAUUUAUAUAACAUUUGAGUAGGCAGAUUUAGCUCUUACAUAAUGUAUCUUUAACAAGGGACCAGUUAUUAAACAUCUUUUCAGCUUUUUUAUAUCACAUAUUCAAUUGAUUUCCCAUGACAUUUUUGCACAUGGAAGGUGUUUACAAUUCUUGACAAUAAUUCCAACUAUAAAAUGUGAGACAGGGGAGGUAACUGUCUCUUAGGUCCUGAACGCAAUAUUAUCUCCCUUCCACCAUACAAACUAAUAUAAAUCUUUUAUUAAAGAUACAUUAUGGGAGAUUAGAUAAAGAGCUAGCAGUUCUCACUAUAAUAGUUAAAAACUAGAUACUGUAAAGGGAAUUUGCUGAAAAUUUCAGUCAAAUUGAUCCACUAUGAACCAAGAUUUUAGCGAUUGAAUUUUCGGCCUAGCCUCGAUCAUCAUUACUAAAGUUGGAAGGAUAAAAAACAUAGUCUCGAUUAUCCAUUUCUUGAUUAAAUUAUGAAUGGAAGUCGAACAGCAAAUCGGAACCUAAUCCAAUAAACAUCGCAGGUUAGCGAUGCCAUCGAGAGUUGAUUAUGGUCUGGAUAAGUUAAUUAAUGUCUAAUUAAUAAUUGAGAUAAAAUUUCAGGCCUAAAGAAAGACCUGCAAUAGGCAAAUUUAGCUCUUGCAUAAUGUAUGUUUAAGAUAAUGUCAUUAAAAAUACCAAAUCUGUAUAUUUUCAAAAUUUAAUGAAAGGAAAUUAAACACAAACAUAUCAAAUAACAAUUAAAGCUUAUUUCUGUUUUGUUCAUAU